AGGCCAUCUUAUUGGUGUUGAUAAUAGGAUGGAUUUAUGUUCUGGUUACCGUAGCAGAGAAUCCGCAAUGGUGCGUGUUUACAGUAGAAGAUUCAUACAAAAAAUACCACUGCGUUAAGACAAUGGCCGGCAGCCUGCCUUUGAUGGCUUGCUCUCUCAGGUGUUGUGAUGAACACAGAUGUAUUGGGAUAUUUCAUAAAAAGGAUCAAACCGAUAACUGUUACCUCAUCAGUGCAACUGAGGAAGAUACAGGUUGUGCUGAUUUCGACUGGGCAAUCUGGACAGCGUACAAGAAACGGAAAGAUCUUGGACAGUGUGGUUCCUUGUUAAUGGACACAGUAGGCUACUAUCAUUUAGCAGACAGCUCAAAAGUGGCAGCAGAGACUUCACGCCUGAACUAUGUUCCGAACAGUAUAAAUGAGAUAGGCGGAUUUCUAUAUGACACAGUGUACCUUUUGGUGAAGUUGUCGUCUGCAGCUAAAGUAAGAGGGACCGUAAUACAGGGCAGAUGGAGGGAUGAGGCACUUGCAUUAUGCUGUGAUGAAAGAGUGACAGAAUAUUUCAUUAAUUGGUCACCAGAUUGUGACUCAUCAUGGACGUUUUACCCUGCCAGCAACACAGGGACGAUAUAUUUCGAAGGUAAUGUUAUCCCUGGAGCUGGAAACGAAGCUGUUGUGAACUUAUUUGAUGAGCCCGUUGUCGGUAUAUGUUUCGCUUUUUAUGUCCAGAGUUAUCAUCUUCAAGCAAUUGUUCGCUGGGAUCUGAUUGGAUGUGAACUAUGAAAUUAGCUGUCAAUUUAUACAUCAUGA